CAAAAAUGAAGUUGUUGCCCAUUGACAAUCAACCCAAGUCGAUGGAGACAUCAAAAUUUACGAUUAGAGUUAAAAUUCGUGUGUCCAAAUCCAAGUAAUUAAUAGGCUAAACGUUAAUUUGUUUGGCCGUACAAAAAUAAUAAAAAUAAUAAAGCUAUAAAUUCCAAUCUCAUUCACCAUUGUUUUCCUGAAACAGCACAAAAAACAAUACCUCCUCAUCUUGUAACGUUUCAUCCAGAAGGACAAUUCUGCAGAAAAUAAUUAGCAAAUUGUCAAAAAUGGGUUCAGAAGCUGCUCCCGGCAGCCUUCUUCAUGUAUUUUUAGUAUCAUUUCCGGCACAAGGCCACGUGAAUCCGAUGCUUAGACUGGGAAAGCGACUAGCUUCAAAGGGUUUACUCGUGACACUCUCAGCGCCGGAGCUCAUCGGGAAAGAAAUCCGGCUAGCUAAUAAGAUCAGCGAGCAACCCACUCCCGUCGGCGAUGGUCUGAUCAGGUUCGAAUUCUUCGAUGAUGAAUGGGUCCAAGACGAGGAAAAGGACAAAACCUUCUCACUCGGCGAGUAUUUGGAUCAUCUCGCGGUGGCCGGGAAAAGAGCGCUGCCGGAACUGAUCGAGAAACAAGAAGAAAUGGGCCACCCGGUGGCCUGCUUAAUCAUCAACCCGUUCAUCCCAUGGGUUUAUGACGUGGCGGAUUCCCUCCAAAUUCCUAGCGCCACCCUCUGGGUUCAAUCCGCCGCCAGUUUUUCCGCUUACUAUCACUAUUACAACAACUUAGUCCCGUUUCCGACCAAAACUCAACCAGACAUCGACGUCCAGUUGCCGGCCAUGCCGUUGUUAAAACACGACGAGAUCCCAAGUUUCUUACACCCAAAUACUCCGUACCCGGUUCUAAGGGAUGCCAUAUUAUUCGGCCUCCUUAAAAACUUGUCCAAGAAUUUCUGCGUCUUGAUGGACACAUUCGAGGAUCUCGAAAAGGAAGAAAUUAGUUAUAUGUCGAAACUCUGCCCCAUCAAGCCAAUCGGGCCGUUGUUUAAGAACCCGAAAUCUUCUCCAAACAGCAAUUCCAAUGUUAGCGUUGACAUUCUAAAAGCCGAAGAAUGCUUAGAGUGGCUUGACUCGAAGCCGGCCAGCUCGGUUGUUUAUAUCUCUUUCGGAAGCAUUGUUUUGUUAAAAGAUGCACAGAUCACGGAAAUCGCACACGGGCUGUUGGAUUCCGGGGUGCCGUUUUUAUGGGUGAUUAGGCCUCCGGCCAAGGACACUCAAUUCCGAACCGUGAGUUUGCCGGAGGGAUUCAUGGAAAAAGUCGGGGAUAAUGGGAAACUGGUGAAAUGGUGUCCACAAGAACUGGUGCUGGCCCACAAAUCUUUGGCCUGUUUUUUAACCCACUGUGGUUGGAAUUCCACGCUGGAAUCAUUGGCUAGCGGGGCGCCGGUGAUUACUUUUCCUCAGUGGGGGGAUCAAGUCACGGAUGCUAAGUAUUUGGUGGAUGUAUUUAAGGUUGGGAUAAGGUUGUGCAGAGGUGAGGCUGAGAAUCGGAUUAUUCCAAGGGAAGAAGUCAAGAAGUGUUUGAUCGAAGCCACCAGUGGUUCCCGUGCGGCGGAGCUUAAAGAAAAUGCGUUGAAGUGGAAUAAGCUGGCCGGGGAUGCGGUGGCGGAGGGUGGUUCCUCCGAUCGGAAUUUGCAAGAGUUUGUGGACGAGGUACGCCGGAGGUGCAUAGUGCAUACAGCUGGGCGGCGAUGAUGUUAAUGCAACAACCUUGAGCUCGAACAUAAUUUGGCAUUAUUUUAAAGAAGGAUUAAUAACAAGGAUUUAAUGCUCUACUGGUCCUGAAUCAUGCCUUACACAGGUCUCGUUAACGCUGUGUCUUUACGAGUUUCAAGUCGGACAACUUCAACCACAACCGCUGUUGGUUUGGUACACUACUUCUUAAAGAAUUUGUGCAGAAAAAAUCCUCAUCCUCGAUCACACGAUGCAAUGCAACUACCCCUGUCUAUGUAGAGACCCUUGGAACUUUUUUUUGGGUCCCCUUGAGUUUGAUGGGUACGGUGUCUACCAAUUUUAAUGAGUGGAUGCAAAUUGGAAAUGGAAUGCAUCCCCAAUCAUGAAAGGCCACGUGUUAUAUGCAUCCAUGUUCUGACCUUGAUUAAUCAUCUGUUGACUUAUACUAGUGAUAUCUGGUCACGCAAUGCGCGACCCUGGCCAAUAUAUUUAUAGAUCUUAGAAAUAUUUUAUAAGUGUGAUGUUUGUAUUUGGCAAAAAAAAAUAAAUUUUAUUUGGCCCGGUACGUUUUAGAAAUAUUUGAAAAUUUAAGAAAUAUUUUAUAAGUGUUACUUCUUAAAUAUAAAUAAAC